AUGGGGCCCGAAAUUGUGAUUUACCCAGAAACGAACACAAUGGCUAAGCAGUUACAGUUGCAGGUUCUACAAGAGAUGCAGAGACAGAUGCAGGAGAUGAGGGCGGAGAUAGCGGCUCUGCGAGCGGAGCGAGAGAACGGGGUAGGGGAACCCUCGGUGCGAUCGGUGAAUGUGCAGACAGUCCAUUCUGGGGAUGAGGAGGUCAUUCGGCGGCCAUCGGUGGAGGAGGUGGGAGAAGCCGUUGGAGGGGAAGUUGUAGGAAGGGGUCGAGGAAGAGGGACUGACCGGGGGGAGGGGCCAGCAGGAAGAGGGGCCGGUCGGGGGGAUGGGCCGAACGGGAGGGGGAUCGGUAGAGGAGAGGGGUUGAACGGGAGAGGGAGGGGGAGAGAUGUUCAGGGAAGGGGAAGGGGAAGAGGGGAGGAAAAUAUAGGACGUGACCAGGAAAACCCGGAGAGGCAUAGGGAGUUUGCAGGGCAGAAUCAGCAAUUCGAAGAAGUUCUAGAGGGUGAGGACUAG